ACCAAUUUUUUUGAAUUGACCACUUCCCAUUCAAAAAAGGAGUAGGAGGAAGCAAAUACUUAUUAAUUCCUACCACUAUAGCUCAUUACUUAUCUGUUUUAAUCAUAUAGUCUAAUGUAUACAUAUAUGUUACAAAUAAAUAUACCUAUCUAAUACACAGUCCCUCGUUACAUGUAUAUAUAUAUCUUUAUAAAUGGAUCUAUAAUUCUUUUUACUACACCUAUCAAAAAAAUUAUAUGUCAUUGAAUACAAUUAGACCUUCUUAAUGUACAAUAUAAUAUUUAACACCACUAUGCAUUAAUGUUAUUAAUAUAAAAAUAAGGCUCCUUAAGACAUGGAUGCACAAAAACACUUUUUCUCUCUCCUGGUUAUUAAACUAAACCACAAUUCCUGGCUUAUGCUAUACGCCUAUACCGUCUAAAUAAACAUGUUCACACAGAAACAGAUGAAUAUGACUGUUCACUCAACUCGCUUUUAAAUGCAACUUUUACUUUAAACAGCUAUUAAAAAAAGAUAAACCAGGUAAAAUAAUUAUUGUUGUUUUGUAAUCAUUUAGUUGUUUUGCCUUUCAUCUUUACAGUUUCCUUUUUCACGUUUACUCUACUUUCCAACCUCAUUAGAAGUCCUAAUUGACCCUUUUUUAGGCUGUGGUAAUUUGCAUUUCAUUUUUUUUCUUUUGUUGAAUUGUAAUUCAAAUGGAAGUUGCUUUUUUAAUUAAUAAACACAAAUUUCCCUUGAUUUCCAAGUAUACCGAAAUGUAAGAAACAAUGUAAUCCUGUAGUAGUAGUAUUAAUGUCAGUAAAUGCUUUGAGUUGAAGCUGACAGCAACUCAAAUAACCACUCAUUGCAACCAAGGUAUGCAGAGUAGCACCAGACAUCAAGUCUUGAAGCAGAUGGGCUACAGCAGCAUAGGAGCACAACAGGUGCCUCUCCUGUCAGCUGAGGAUGGGAAACUGAGGAUACAGUUUACACAGGCUCACCAAAACUGGACAACAGACAACUGGGAAAGUAUUGCCUGGCAUUGUUUGAAUGCCAACCCUGCCUGUCUAGGUUGCUGGUGUUGCUGUCCAUGUCCAUCCAUUAAUGCCGUGUCAAUCCCUUAAUUUGUGUACCCAGCUGGAUAAUACAUCAUGUCACAAAGCUCAGAUCAUCCCAAACUGUUUUUUUUUUUUUUGAUAUGACAAUAAGUUCACUGUAUUCAAAUGGCCUCCACAGUCCUCAGCUCUUAAUCUGGGUAGAGCAAUUUGGGUUGUAGUGGAACCCAAAGAUGGAGAUUCACGUCAUGAACCUGUAGCUGACAAAUCUGCAGCAACUUUGUGAAUUUGAACCAAAAUCUCUGGGGAAUGUUUGGAGCACAUUGCUAAAUCUAUGCCGUGAAGAAUGAAAGCAAUUCAAAAAGCAAAAAAGAAACCCAAACUGGUCCUAGCAAGGUGUACAUAAUAAAAUGGCAAGAACAAAACUUUAUAUUGAAUUAAGGCAAUAGUUAUACAGUAGAGUAACAAGUACAGUAGAUUAAAAAAAAAAGCAUAAAGUAGCACAGGUUAAAUAAGUCACAAUUAUAACCUGGUCUACCUUAAGUAAGCCAACAAUCUAAAAGCCUCACGGUCACAGUCUGAAACGCUGUUGAAUUCCGGGCCAGCAGGGGGCGUCAUUCCAGCUCAUUUACAUUGCUUCUUUGCCGGGCGGGAUUUCCGCAAUAAUAUCAAGUAUGGCGAAAACAUACGACUAUUUGUUUAAAUUACUGUUAAUCGGAGACUCUGGUGUCGGGAAGACCUGCGUCCUGUUCAGGUUUUCGGAAGACGCCUUCAAUUCAACGUUUAUCUCAACUAUAGGCAUUGAUUUCAAGAUUAGGACAAUAGAGCUUGACGGCAAGAAGAUAAAGUUACAAAUAUGGGAUACAGCUGGUCAGGAACGCUUCCGAACAAUCACAACAGCCUACUACAGAGGUGCAAUGGGCAUCAUGCUCGUCUACGACAUCACAAACGAAAAAUCCUUUGAAAAUAUCAAGAACUGGAUAAGGAAUAUAGAAGAGCAUGCGUCAGCGGACGUUGAGAAGAUGGUCCUUGGCAACAAAUGUGACAUCAAUGACAAACGGCAGGUGUCCAAAGAGAUGGGGGAAAAGCUUGCACUAGAGUAUGGAAUAAAGUUCAUGGAGACCAGCGCAAAGUCCAACAUCAACGUGGAAAAUGCGUUUUUGAUGCUGGCCAGAGACAUCAAAUCAAAAAUGGACACAAAAUUGGAGGGCAACACACCGCAAGGAAGCAGUCAGGGCGUAAAGAUCUCAGAGCCUCAGAAAAAGACCAGCUUCUUCCGCUGUAGCCUACUCUGAGGACUGAGGCCUUUCAUACUGACUGGACAUAAAUAGACUGUUCUUGCUCUUAGCACUUCCUCCCCCUUUCUCUCCAGCUAUGGUCAGUCCUAAAAGCCCACGUAAGCCAUUAUAUUGUCAGUAAAUGGAGGACUUCCCCUCCUUGCUUCCUCUUCUGAAAGCUUCCAGAGUUUCAUCUUUUCCAUUUUAAGGAUAAAUGUUGACUUCAUGAGUCAUGGUGCUCUGCUGGUUGGAGGACUCAGCCAGGAGCAUUAUCCAGAUGUUCCAUUUAACACAAAGGAAUGGGCUCUUACUCCAGAGUUAGUCUCUUCAUUAUCCUCACUCACUCAUUCACACAACCGGUAGCAGAACAAGGGAUGAGAAGUCAUUAAUAGUUUGUGGACUGGAUUACAAAUGUGAUAUAUUUAGAUCUAUUUUUAAUAGCACUCUUUCCCUUUUUUUAUGUGACAAAUUUCAACCAGAGGCCGAUGAGCUUGAAAUGCUGUGAAACAGAGCUGUACAGGUUUCCUUUUCACUGUCAGUCAAGGAUCAGACAGAAUGAGCUGAGAGCACUGCUCUUGUUGUCCUUGACAAUUAUUUUUUUUGUGACAGAAAAUGAUUACUCCACCAUUGGUGCAUUCUCCUCCUUUCAGUGAGUGAUGAAGAGGAAUAUAUUAUCUUAAACUACAGUUUAGGUUUUUGUCAUUCUAAUGAUGAAAAUGCAAAUACUCUGUUUAGGAACAUUUCUUGAUGUAGCAAAUGACCAGUCUUAAAUUUGUAAUAAUAGGAUUACUGUAACAAUGAGACCUUAAUUUAUAGUUUGAAACCACAGCCUGUUUGAAGCCACUAAAGAUGUCCUAAAAUAAUCAGUUUAUUGUCACAUGAGGCAGAAAAGCAGCAAUCUCAUUUAUUUGAGAUGCUGCACUUAUUGGUAUUUAUCUUGAAAAAUGACUUUUUAAACGAUUUAUUAUUGAAGUUUGUUUCUCUCCUUUGGUCUGUCGCCUCAGCUCUUCUUUAAAAUAGAUUGAUGUCUGAAUUUUUCCUGUCAGCUCUUAGUCGCAGUUAAGCUGAAUGACGUCUCUGGUUGUUUGAUGAGCAGUUAAAAUCACUUGAAGUUUCACACUGUAAGCCCCUUCUGCCCCUUCCCUGCUGUCAUGCAGCUCUCCUUGCACUUUACCAGUAAAUUGUGGUUUGUGUGUAGUCUGUGCCAAGUGAUAGUUUUGCAAUACAGUACAGCUAUAAAUUUCUUUUGCUCCUUUUGAGUCUUGGUAAUAUAAAGGACAUAUAUUACCAACAUUUUACAACACCCAAAGGACUUGAUCUCCUCUGGUAGUUCACAGCUAGCAGUCCACUGCCCUGUUAUUAGUCCUCUUAAAAACGUUUCCUUCCUCAGACUGUGAGUUAUUUCAGCAUAUAUCUGCAUGUAAAAGAUAAGUCUUUCAGCCUCUCUUUUUUAUACUACUGUGCUUGCCAACCCGUAGUUUAAAAGUAAUAUUUUAUGAGUUUACAUAGAGAUGGCUUGAAUUAAGCUAAAGAUAGCCCUGUUUGGGGUAUUCUGGAUCCUUUUACAGGUUUGUUUUUUCCCAUUGUGGACAUUAGAUCUGACAGCUAGGUGGCGCCAGAAGCACACGGUGCAUCUUAGGUAACUGCCAAACUUCAAAUAUGAAUCAGUAUUUUAUUAGAGACAGCUAAUCUGGGGAGUGUGAUGCAAUUAUGUACACUCCACCUGUGUUGAACUUAGAUGUGGAUUCUGAGUCUGUUUCCAUUGUUUCUAUGUUUAUGUCAGUCUUAAAAUCAAGUUCCUACAUGCACAGUAUUGAGGGACAAUAUGUUUCAUGCACCUUUUGUAAUAUCAAAUAAUUUGGGACCUCAUGAAUACCAUGGCCAUUUGUCUUAACCACUAGUAAUCUAUUCUGUCAUAGGUGAGCUAUGCAUUGUGAAUCUCGGACCUGUGCGUGUGUGUAAUGUACUUUUUUUUUCAGACAUACCUACAGAGCUGUACGGUUGAAUGUAUGGGCUUUUUGUUAUUUUUGUUUUGUGUCAGUCACUGAGCCAAAAAGAGAGGACACGCUCUGUUUAUUUAAAGCUGCAUUGGUGCAUCAGUGCAGGUGAAACCUAGCACAGCGGGGUACUGUUGAGCGGGAAGAGAGCGGGUGUCGAACUGUGAAGACGGCACCGUUUUGUUCGAGCUUUAAGUCAUAAACAGAAACAUAGGGAGCAAACUUUUAUGGGACUCGAGCUGUAUAAUUUUUUUCUGAAAUAUGAUACUUCCUCUUUGAUUUUGUUUUUAAGUCAUAUCUUUUGUUUUCUUGAAAUGUUUCCCUUUUUACAGCCAUAUUUUAUUCCAUUAGUGUGAAGUACACAGGGACAAUAAUAGGAAAAAUCAACAAAACAUUGUAAAUAUCACUAAAAAGUAGGUCUGCUUAAAUUGUACUGUACUUUCUAAACCCAUAUAAAAUGUAUCUACAAUUUUGUAGAUAUGUGAACUUUUGAUUUAAUAAAAUAAGGUUAUAAAACUAA